AAAAAUAGUGGUUAAGAGGACAUUUCUUUGAGAAUUCUAAUCUGGCCUGGGAUUUUUCUCCCUUGGUACAGAGGAAGUGGAGAACAGUUGCUUUCAAAAUAAAAGAGCAGAAUUUGAGUUGUUGAAGAUUAUAUUUUUGUCCUCCUUACUGAGAUAAUAGUGCAUAGUAUUUCUUUCUCCUGAAUUAAAUUGAUCAUGAAACCAGGAUAUAUAUAUAAAUUCAUGAAUGAGCUUUAGCACGUGCUGCAUUAAGCAGCAGCUUGGGCCGCUUCCACCACAAGCUUUUAUUCUGACAGUCCCCCGGAGUCUCAGUUCGUGGUGGCGUCAGCACUCUGUCGCGUUUCUGUGGCUGCAGACGAACCCAGUCUCAUCCCGGUCUCUGGACUCUCUGGUUCUGAUCCAAAUACCUACUGAUCCGGAUCCAACGUGCAGAGGAGAGUCCGAGGCGAGCCGAGCCGAGCCGAGCCGAACCGAAGCUUAUCAGACAGACAGCAGACAGGCUGCUCCAUCUCCUCCAGCCGAGCCGCCCAGUCUUCCUCCCGAUAAUCUGACAGAGGAUCAGUGAUGCCCGCCUGCGUUUCAGUGAGACGUUGCAAGGACUGGAACCAGCGAAGUGGAUCCAACAUGGCGGCUGUGGGCGGGGCUUUGUUGACAGUGCGUUUGUGUUUCCUGCUUCUGCCCGCCGUCACUGGUCUACAGUCAGAGCACAGACAGUGUGCCUUCACUGACAAGCUCCAGGGGGUGGAGCCUCUCAGCGGACCGACCAAUGAGCUACGAGGAGCUGUGCAAGAAAACGGCACGGUCCGAUGUAUCCCUGGCUCCCGCUGCUAUGGAUUGUGGGAAAAGACAGCAGAUGGGGAAAUACACCUAGUCAAGCAAGGUUGCUGGACUCACAUUGACAACCAGCAGGAGUGUCAUGGCGACCGCUGCCUAGUAACUGCAAUGCCUUCUCAGAUCCAGAACGGAAGCUACAGGUUCUGCUGCUGCAGCCGAGACCUCUGCAAUGCCAACUUCACCGAGGCCCUGCCCACCGCCAACAGCCCUGCCCUGAGGCUGUUGAAGGCCGACGGGCACAGCGACAGACAGACGGACCACGAGCCGCUGCGGCAGGAGGAGAAGGCACUCAUUGCCCUGGUAAUCGUUGCCAUAGCAGCUGUUGUGAUUGUGGCGUUGUUCCUGGGAUACCGCACAAUGAAAGGGAAGCAGAAGCUUAGUCUGUCGGCUCUGGAUGUGAUGGAGGCAGCAAACACAGACGGUGCUGUGGACCUGGAUCAUCUGCAACUACUGGAGCUGAUUGGUCGAGGGCGUUACGCCACGGUGUUCCGUGGCUCUCUCAACGAACGCUGCAUUGCCGUCAAACUCUUCAGCUCAGCCCACCGCCGCAACUUCUGCAACGAGCGCUCCGUCCACGGCCUGCCGCUGCUGCAGCACCCCCACCUCGCCGGCUUCCUAGGCGCCGAAGAGCGGGUGGCGGCCGACGGGAGGCCCGAGUUCCUCAUCCUCAUGGAGUUCUACCCACAGGGAAGCCUGUCUGGCUACUUGUCUCACCACACGGUGGACUGGUCUACCUGCUGCAGGAUGACUCACGGUGUGACCAGAGGACUCGCCUUCCUGCACACUGAACUCUACAAAGGAGACCAGUACAAACCGGCGGUGGCCCACAGGGACGUGACCAGUAGGAACGUCCUGGUCCGGUCAGACCUGUCCUGCGUCCUGGCUGACUUCGGUCUGUCAAUGCGGCUGACGGGAACCCAUCCCUGUCGCCACGGAGACGAGGACACCGUGGCCAUAUCUGAGGUGGGGACGGUGCGGUACAUGGCCCCAGAGCUUCUGGGAGGAGCUCUGAACCUGAGGGACUGCGAGUCGGCGCUGAAGCAGGUGGAUGUCUACGCUCUGGGGCUCCUCUACUGGGAGAGCUUCAGGAGGUGCUCUCACCUGUUCCAAGGUGAACCAGUACCAGAGUACCAGCUGGCCUUCCAGGAGGAGCUCGGGAACCAUCCCAGUUUGGAAGAGAUGCAGAUUCUGGUCGGCAGAGAACGGUUCAGACCCAGAUUCCCUGAGGCUUGGAAGGAGAACAGCCUGGCCUUGCGCUCCCUGAAGGCGACCAUGGAGGAUUGUUGGGAUCAAGACGCUGAUGCUCGGCUCACUGCUCAGUGUGCUGAGGAGAGACUGUGUGAACUCACACUGCUGACUACACACAGCGCAGUACACAACCACAGGAAUCUGUCUCAGGGCCGGUGGCCUUCUCCGGUUGGCUCCGCCUCUACCUACAUUGAGGAUCUCCAGGUGGGCGUGGCCAAGAAUCUUCCAGGGGACGGCAACACAGCAGCGGUGGUCAAGACGACCAUGAGUGCAGCAGAAUGCUGUGAAAACAACCGAAACUCCAUCAACUACGAGCGACAGCAGGCACAGACUCGAACGUCCACAUCAGAUAUCUAUGUGUUAUCCAGCACCACCCUGCCACCUGCCACCAACCUUUGCUCCAUUUUCGAGUUUGGUUUCUCCGGGUCCAAAGUUCCGGUACGUCUGUCCGAAGAAGACCUGGAUGCUGUGAAACUGAAGGCAGAGGAGGUCCAGAAAAACCUGAGAGAAGGUUCUGACGAGAUCCGAAUGGAGCAUUCACAGAAGCAGUUUGCUCCAACCGAGCAAGAGGCUUACAGACUGUCGCACCGUCAGGGGAACUCUUUUCUGGAUCUCCAGGGUGAACAGGAGGUUGUGGGUUCGGUCGACUCUCCCCCCUCCUUUCAGCCCCUUUCCGAACAGCAGACCCUGCCUCACAGGCCCACCAGUCUCCAGCUCCUCCCAAGAACAAGGGACGCCUCUUCUCGACUUGGGAACCUGGGAACGCUUAAGUCAUACCACAGACAGGUGGAAACAGGCGUUGCUAAAAUGAACACGGUGAUGGUUGCCAUGCCUGUAGCACCCAUUCAGGUAACCACGGUGACCAAGAACAUCAGCGUGAGAGGCAACACUGGCGGUCGGGUCUACUCUAAGUUGGACCAGACCACCAACAGCUACAGCGCCGGUGUUCCCACCCUGGUGACGAGCGGCAUGACGGGAGGAGGUCAAACCAACCCGGCCGGUCCACAGCUGGAGGAGGAAGACAAGAUACAGGGCCGGAUCAUCGGAUGCGACAACCUGGACCUGCUCAACUCCAGUUUGGACGAACAUGAACCGCUGUUGAAGAGAGAGCAUCCACCGGCCGAGAGCGAGCUUCUUCCUCUCCAUCAUCGUCAUCAUCAUUCACAAACGGGCAUCGUAGGGUCGGGCCAAGGUUCAAACUCCAACAACAACAACAACAAUAGUGCGGCCCUGGGAUCCAAUGUGACAAUCCAGAGUUUGAAGGUCACACAUGAGAAAAUGAUUGGUUCAGAGGUCCGUCAAGGUCCAAAACCAGAGCUAGGUCCAGCAAGUCAGCAAAUGAACGAGUCUCUUGUUUCAGCGGACCUUGAGCCAAAAGCACAGGAUGGAGCACAGGAUGUAGCAUUCCCAUGUGUCCAGAGGGCCUGUUUUGCAGAACCAUCACCAAGCUUUGGGUCAUCCAGAAGCCCAGAAGCUCACCUGGUUGCCACUGCACUGGUUUCAGACCAUAGAAAUCAAGAUUCUUGCUCAGCUCCAGUGCAGGCACCAGAGGCCCAGGGAUCUCCAAGUUCACAAGACCCAAACACCUCAUCUUCAACAGCUCUGCUUCCAACUGCUUUUACCCAUGGUCCAAAACUUGACCUAAGACCUCCAGUCUCAGAUCCGGAAGAUCCAGUAGUGAAUCCAAAAGCUUUAGUUUUAGAGGUUCAAAUCCCAGAACCUGCGGCUCCACAGAGUCCAACCUUGGAUCCAGAAACUCCAGAUGUGCUGUGGACCCAGAUGCGAAAGGCCCGAGCCCAGAGGCGUGAUCGUCCCUGUUCCCUGGACCUGUCCUGCAUCUCCUCAGAUGACGGAAGUCUGAAAUCUUCGGGAGAGAAAAUAAAACGUCGCAUCAAAACUCCGUACACCCUGAAGAAAUGGCGUCCCUCCUCCUGGUUUGUCUCCACAGACACGGCUCACGGACCGGAUUUCGAGUUCUACCAUUUACCUUCCGAUCCUCACGGAGAAGGAAGCAUCCCCAAGAUAAAUCAGUCCAAAUCCAGCAUGGCAGUGUUUCUGGUGGCAGGCGGAGGCACAGCGGCUACGGCGUCCCAGGUGACCACAAUCUCAGACCGUGACGGAAUGACCCGCUUCUGAAAAGAGAGCAGAUUUCUUUUUAAAUUUCUUUACUUCUUUCCUUCUAUUUUGUGGUGGGAAAUUGAGGGUGGAGGAUACCUCUAGUUUUGGAAGCUUCACCGGGAAGAGAUUUGGGACUUUUUUUUAGUUGUUAACUGAUCCAGACCAACCUAUCGGGAUAAAAUAUCCACACACUGGGUUGCAGUAGGAGGCCCAACAUCUACGAGAGAGAAACGUACCUUAUGGUCCUCAUGGGUAAAGUUUUUCCCUAGGGUCAAGGCCUUACCUGGAGCCAGUAAGCCACGCCCACUAGCAACAGCAGCCUAGUAGCAUUUCUUGGACAUCAUGGACCUUUACGCUACGGGGUCCAAGCUGAAAGUCAGAGUCAAAUCAUCGGACUCAGCCUUCCUGGGAUGCCAAAUACUGCGACUUGUAUUUUGGACCCUGAUAGUAUCAGGUAACCCGGGCCAGGAGAUUCCUCCCAGGUAGAUGUUCGGCUAAAAGCUAGCAAAAAAAGUCAGUUAAAAGUUAGAAUUAUUAUUAUAUAAGUUUCCCCUAAUCCUAACCAUAACCAUGCUAUAUUAAUUUGGUUAUUUAUUUAGGAAUCUGUUGCUUUCAAGCUUUCCUAUAUGCAGUAAGCUCAUGAUGUAUAACCACGUUCUUCACCUGUUGAGAGGAAAAAGCAAGUGGAGAAGAUGGAUGAGCCACGUUCCAUCGGUCUUGUGACCUGCGUGACGUGCUUAGGAUCCUUUGGCAAGAGCGCUCUCAUGUUUUUAUCUUUAUUUAGAGUGUAUGAAAAGAUGAGACGAUAUCAGAAUAAAAACGAUGAACCCCCGAGUUAAACCACUCAUAUAUUACAUUAUACAUACAGCUAAUUCAUAACUAAAUUGUAAACUGGCUCUACCUAAACAACUUACUUCAAUUAAAAUCGAAACAAGUGAUUCUCUUUUUGAAAAGUGGAUCCGUGAACCUUAGGAUUGUUUGGGAUUAUUUUAUUAUAAAGACAUUUAGAAGCAGAUUUCUACAAUAUCAGAUCUGUUUUAAUGGAGUUGGGCUUGAUAUUUUAUAAAAAAAAGAGAAAAUGAACUCGACUGAAAUAAGUUGGUGCAUUUUUAUAUUUAUGUUCUGAAAUGUUUUUUUAUGGCUGAUUUAAUAAAUUCUAAGUUGAUCCUCUGGA